CAAUCCGUUCCCGCCAUCAAUGUGCGUGUAUGCGUUGGUUGACAGACAUGCAACGGGUCAUUCAUUCAUGUCACAAACCAACCAUUCAUUCAUCACAUCACAUCAACACACACCGCUCACCUCACUAGCCCGCUCAAAGGCUACCCGGCCCACACACACACACACACGACUUCUACACGUACACGGUCAGCAGCCAGCGGGUAGACAACCGACCUUAACGCCCCCCUCUCUGUCUGUCCAGCUAUUCUGAGUCUGCGCUAGAGCUGCUCAUGGCGUGGUGGGCGGGCGGCUGCAGCUGGUGUGCGGGUGAAGCCUGCUGGGCGACCGUCAUGGGGCUGAUGGACCGAUACACGUAGUUGUACUCAUUCGUGCCGAAAUACCUGAAUGGCAUGGCCACGUCAGUCAGAUGCGGUUGUGCGGGCGGCUGUGGGUGAUUUCUUCCUGUCUGUGUGCUGACUGACUGACUGACCUGUCGCCAAAGUCGCCAAUGCCGGGAACGAUAAACUUCAUCUCGUUCAGACCCUCGUCGAUGCUGAUCGCAAUGAAUGCGUGUGGAGCGAACACAUGGAUAGCUAAUGAGAUUGGACAGGGCUUGGCUUACGCUGCGCAUACGAUCUUGAUUUUGGGGUAGAUGGAGAACACCUGCUGGAGGCCCUCGGGUGCCGCCACCAAAUUCACAAAGAUGAUCUUCUCCAACGCCACACCUGACAAACCGACAGACAGACAGACGCACGCCGUCCAUCCAUCCAUCCAUCCAUCCAUUGGCUACUUUGUGUGUCUGUGAUGUGAGUGUGUUUGACCGUGGUCGACGAGGACGCUGAUGGCUUUGCAGAUGGAUCCCCCCGACGCCAGCAUGGGGUCCAGCAGCAGCACAAACCUCUCGUUGAUGUCGCGCGGCAACUUGCAGUAGAACAGCUACAUGAUCAGAGCAUUCAGCAUGACCACACACAUGUGCAAUCAGUGCAGACAGGCAGGCGUGAGUGCCAUUCAACUGGACUGAUCUGGCUGACCACUGCUUCCGUCGUCUCCUCGUCGCGCUGUAUGAGGAUCUUCCCAAUGCGAAUGCCACGACACACCUGAUGGAAUCAACGCAACGAAAGAACCAUCAAAUGUGUCUGGAGAGAGAGAGAGAGUGGGUGCGUCGUCAGCAUACCGCCGUGAGUCCCUUCUCCAUGCUCUCCCCUGCUCGCACGACCGACACCCCGCAGAUGCGCUCGCUGAACCCCACACCCUCGUACACCAAAUCGGUGGGCGUCGUCACCGUCUUGAUGGUGAACGGCAGCUCUACAUUAAUUGCAUUGGGGAACACACAAGGGAUGCGCACAAGACACACAGGAUCACACGAGAGCGAGGCAGCAUAUAUAGCUGGCAUGCCUUAAGCCAUACCGUUCAGGGCCUCCUCGAUGAGCAGACGGAUGAUGCGGUCUGCGUAGAAAACUGCAGACAGGCAACACAGAAAGCAAACAGGCCGACCAGGAGGUGUCAAGUGCGGUCCUGCCAACGUGCUGUGUGGUGUGUGUCAGGCGGCUGACCAAAUUCCUCCUUCCGUGUUUCUCUGUCUGCAGACCAGUGGAGGCACACACGACAGCAGACAGACAACAAGAGGCAUACAUUGAGCAUUGGCCAUCAAGAGAACUAACUGUGAGCCGUCUGUCUACGAGUGUCAGAGCCGACCUCUGAUGAUGGUGAGCAUGGCUCGCAGCUGAGCCGUCUGAUUCAUGACACGGAGAUUCGGGUACCUGACACACACCGACAGACACAUCAGCACACACACAUCUGUGUGCCCAUCCGCUGCCGCAUCUCUCACUUACUUUUUCCUCAGUGCCGAGCAUUUCCGUUCCUCUGUGGCAACGCAGUCAUAGCGCGUAUCUCUCCUCGAGGCAGGCGUGUAGCCCGAUGCCGCACUCUCUGAGCUGCGCAGAUGCUCUCGGCGCACCGUCAGGAACGCCUCAUUAGCAGUGGUGCCCUCCUUCUCCGGAUCUCCUGCUGCCGGCGGCAGAGGCGGCAGUGAGGCAGUUGUUUCAGGGUUCUCGUUGCAGCUGGGGCUCUCCAUUCCAGUGGGAAGGAG